CCUUGAAUUGUCAGCGCGCUCGGGGCGACUGCAGAGUCGGGCGGCCGCCGGGCUGAGGUGCCCGCUCGGGCCAGGGUGCGCGGACCCUCCGGGACGUGAGCGAUCGGCGGGGGACAGCUUGGGGCUGCGGACCCGCGGCAGGGCUCGGCCAGGAGGAUGGAAAUCCUCUAUGAAUGUGGAAGCCAUUAGCAGAGUAAUUGCUGUCGGUUGCCAUGACAACCAGCCGCUGCAGUCACCUGCCUGAGGUCCUGCCAGAUUGCACCAGCUCAGCUGCGCCUGUGGUGAAGACCGUGGAGGAUUGUGGCAGCCUCGUGAAUGGGCAGCCACAGUAUGUCAUGCAAGUUUCAGCCAAGGACGGGCAGUUGCUGUCAACAGUAGUGCGGACUCUUGCCACCCAGAGCCCCUUCAAUGACCGGCCAAUGUGCAGGAUCUGCCAUGAGGGCAGCAGCCAAGAGGACUUGCUUUCUCCAUGUGAAUGUACUGGGACCUUGGGGACAAUUCAUCGGAGCUGCCUGGAGCAUUGGUUGUCAUCCUCAAACACCAGCUACUGUGAACUCUGCCACUUCAGGUUUGCAGUCGAGCGCAAACCCAGGCCGUUAGUGGAGUGGCUCAGAAAUCCCGGCCCCCAGCACGAGAAGCGGACUCUGUUUGGAGACAUGGUGUGCUUCUUAUUUAUCACCCCCCUGGCCACCAUCUCGGGCUGGCUGUGCCUGCGGGGCGCUGUGGACCACCUGCACUUCAGUAGUCGGCUCGAAGCCGUGGGCCUGAUUGCACUCACUGUCGCACUCUUCACCAUUUACCUCUUUUGGACACUAGUGUCAUUUAGGUACCACUGUCGGCUAUAUAAUGAAUGGCGUCGGACCAAUCAGAGGGUGAUUCUCCUCAUUCCAAAGUCUGUCAACAUACCCUCCAACCAGCAGUCCUUGCUGGGCCUGCACUCAGUCAAGAGGAACUCAAAGGAGACCAUUGUGUGAUGGUUUUUGUGCGACUGCUUGGUUGAUUCGUUGUUUGGAGAUUGGAAGAUUCUGCACUGGGGCCACGCACUGAGCUACACUCAGGCCUGUCCUUAACCUAAGGGUCUAAGAACACCAGAGCCAUGUCCACACAUUGCCCAAACAACAGCCUCCUCUGCCCGAAGAAAGCAAAUGCUUUUGACUUCAAAUCAAGGAUGCUGCACUGGUAUGAUACUUGCUAAGCUGCCAAACAUGUUUAUUUAGCAGAUACUGUAUGGAAUUUUCUGAACACCUCUUUAACCUAGGAGGAAGGUUGUCUCGCUCAAAAGAUGCAAUUAAAUUCUUCCUUUUUUAUUACUAUUUCAAAUAUAUAUAAAUAUAUAUAUAUAUAACUUAGAUGAUAAUCAAGAUCAAAAAACCAAUGUAAAAACUGGUUUCUUGGUUUGGAGGGGCUUUUGUUUGGGUGAGUUUUCUGUUCCCCGGUUUCUACUGUGGGUUCUUUUGGGGUUAUUUGAUAGCCCGAGUGGUCUUUUUCGUGUCUCUUACUCAAGGAGAGAUCAAAAUGACUGCGGAACAAGUCAUACUGAAAGGGUGUUUUGUACUAAACUUCAUUCAGUUAUUCCGUUUUUAAAGGGAAAGGGAGUGUGGUAACUUUCCAUGCACCUGUGAGCUGUUUAUUUAAAUAUCAUUAAGGAAGGAAAAACAAUAUGUUGAGAAGCAAGCUCCUUGCAAUUUGUUUGGUACUGACAGCUGAUAGAAACUAUUUUCUAAUAAUAAAUAUCCAGUGUGUGAAAGACA